UCAGAAGAAUGAGGGGGAAUCUUAGAGAAAUAUACAAUUAUGAAAGGGAUAGAUAAGAUAGAGGCAGGAAGGUUGUUUCCACUGGUAGGUGAGACUAGAACUAGGGGACAUAGCCUCAAGAUUUGGGGGAAUAGAUUUAGGACGGAGAUGAGGAGGAACUGCUUUUCCCAGAGAGUAGUGAAUCCAUGGAAUUCUCUGUCCAAGGAACCAUUCGAGACUACCUCAUCAAAUGUACUUAAGACACAGUUAGAUAGAUUUUUGCAGAGUAGGGGAAUUAAGGGUUAUGGGGGAAAGGCAGGUAGGUGGAGCUGUCCAUGGCCAGAUCAGCCAUGAUCUUAUUGAAUGGCAGAGCAGGCUUGAUGGGCCAGAUGGCCAACUCCUGCUCCUAUUUCUUAUGUUGUAGGUCCCAUAAUACUGGCCAGGUGGGGGCUUCCCAAACACUGAAUGGGGUUACAGACUAGACAGAGUUUGCUUGAAAAGCAAAGAGUGGGAAUAAAUGAAAUUUUAAAUAAAAAUGACUGCAGAUGCUGUGAAUCUUAAAUUCAAACAGAAAAUGCUGGGAAGUUUGGGUGCAAGGCCUUAGACCUAUGAUGCAAUUUUGUUUCUCUUUCAGCAUAUUCUCCCUGAUGUGCUAAGUGUUUUUUUUAAAAUCAUUUUCUGAAUGAUUUAAGCCACGAUAAACUGGCCUUUUGCGGGUUGGAGUACUGGAAUAAAACAGUGUCUGAGCUCCAAGUAUUGAAAAUUUAUGUCAACAAUUUAUGUCAACAAGUUUGCUGAUGAUCCAAAAACUAGGUAAGAUUGUGAGUAGUGAGGAGGAUAUAAAGAGACUUAAGAGGAUCUAACAAGCCAAGUUGGAGAUGAUUACAGAUGGAAUAUAAUGUGGAAAAUAUGUGAGGUCAUUCACUUUGGUGCACAAGCAGAAUAUUUUGUGAAUGAUUGACACAUUAAUAAGCGUUGAUGUCCUUGUACACAGGUCACUGAAACUAAUGUGCAGGUGCAGCGAGCAGUUAGGAAGGCGAAUUGUACUUUGGACUUCAUUCAAAGAGGAUUUGAGCACUGAAGCUGGAUAUCUUACUGCAGCUUCACAGCACCUCAGUGAGAUCCCAUGUACAAUUUCAUAGAAACAUAGAAACGUAGAAAAACUACAGCACAAUUCAGGCCCUUUGGCCCACAAAGCUGUGCUGAAUAUGUCCCUACCCUAGAAAUUACUAGGCUGACCCAUAGCCCUCUAUUUUUCUCAGCUCCAUGUACCUAUCCAACAGUCUCUUGGAAGACCCUAUUGUAUCCGCCUCCACCACCGUUGCCGGCAGCCCAUUCCCCGCACUCACCACUCUUUGAGUGAAAAACUUACCCCUGACAUCUCCUCUGUACCUACUCCCCAGAACCUUAAACCUGUGUCCUCUUGUGGCCACCAUUUCAGCCCUGGGGAAAAGCCUUUGACUAUCUACCCGAUCAAUACCUCUCAUCAUCUUAUACACCUCUAUCAGGUCCCCCCUCAUCCUCCAUCACUCCAAGGAGAAAAAGCUGAGUUCCCUCAACCUACUUUCAUAAGGCAUGCUCCGCAUUCCAGGCAGCACCUCCCUUUCUGAGGAAGGAUGUUUACUUGACUGAUUCCCAAAAGCAAGGAAGAUUUGGAGCGGGAGAUUUGUAAAGAGGUGUUGACUCUUCAGCUGAGAUGGGAGUGGUUCACUGCACUGUGCUCUUACUGUACAGGAUUCUCAUCUCAACUCAAGGCACAUUUAUUGUACAGGGACCUGCUGAUCCUCUUGUAGCUGUUGCAGGUGGAGAUGUUGUACUGGAAUGUCAGCUUGUCCCACCGAUCUCUGCCAGCAAUAUGGUGGUGCAGUGGCUGAAAUCAGGUCUCGACUCACCAGUCCACGUGUACAGACACGGACAAGAUGACCCCCUCGCUCAACACCAGGAUUACAGAGCAAGGACGGAACUGUUUAAAGAUGAAAUGACCAGAGGAAACAUUGCCCUCAGAAUAAAGAAUGUCAGAAGAUUCGAUGAAGGGCGUUAUAUCUGUUCAGUUGGAGCUGGAACUGAUAAUGAACAAGCUGCAGUUGAACUGCUAGUUCUAGGUCUGGGGAGCGAACCCCAGAUUCAGAUGAAGGGAUACCAUGGAGAUGGAAUCCGGCUUGUGUGUAAAUCCAGUGGGUGGUACCCUGAGCCAGAGAUCCUGUGGGUCAGUGAGGAUGGACGUAAUUUAACACAGGCUGAAACAAGGAGUUACAGUAACACAGAAGGUCUUGUAAAUGUCGAGAGCAGCGUUGGAGUAACGAGGCAGUCGACAUAUGGGUUCAAGUGUCUUGUCCAGAGCACGAAGCUGAGAAUAAAACAUGAAGCAAUUAUCAGGAUAUCAGAUGAUCUCUUCCCUGGUGUUUCGGAGUGGGUCCUGCCACUGGUCCUGAGCAUUUGUCUUCUGAUUGCCGCUAACUCUGCUGUGAUUUAUUGGAAUGUGAAACAAAACAGACGCAUCAAAGAGCUGGAACUUCGGAAAUCCAUCGUAGAACGUGAGUGGAAGAGAAUAUGCGGCCAUGAAGUGUCUGUGACCCUAGAUGUGGAAACGGCGCAUCCGGAGCUCGAGGUGUCUGAGGAUCUGAAGAGUGUGAGAUGGACCAAGACCCGGAGGGAUCUCCCUGACACCGGGAAGAGGUUCACAGUCCGGUGCUCUGUGCUGGGAUCGGAGGGAUUCACAUCAGGGAGACAUUACUGGGAGGUGGAGGUGGCAGGGAAUCAGUGGUGGAGGCUGGGAGUCGCUGCAGAGUCUGUGGAGAGGAAUGAACGGGUCAAACUGAGACUGCAGACUGGAUACUGGAGCAUCGAAUGGAUUGGUGAUGAGUUUCAUGUGAACACCUCCCCUCGAUCCAGUCUCCCUGCUGAUCCCAUCCCUGGGAGGGUGGGAGUUUAUCUUAGUUAUGACUCCGGGAUAGUUUCAUUUUACAACGUGGACACCAUGACCCAUCUCCACACCUUCACUGGGAACAAAUUCACAGAGAAACUUUAUCCUUUCUUCUGGACUUGGUAUGGGAACUGGCUCAAAAUCUGCUCUGGAUAUGUAAAAGGGUCAGGCAUUGAAACUGGUUCUGGGGGAGGUGGGACCAGUACAAACCAGACGGUCUACACCUGAACAAGACGGCGAUCAAUGCCCUAGGGGGAUUGUUUGCUGGUGCUGUUGGGGAGGGUUUAAACUAAUAUGCCAGGGGGAUGGGAAUCCUUGCAGAAAGACAGAGGGAAGCAAAGCAGAGACCAGAGCAAAAGUGAGAAAAGAGAGAAGUAAGAGUGGAGAACAGAAAAGUCCAACACAAAAGACACAAAGGUUACUGGAUUCUGAAAGGACAAUGAGUGUAAGGGCACUUUAUCUGAAUGCCCAUAGUAUUCGAAACAAGGUCAGUGAGCUUAUGGCACAAAUCAGUACAAAGGGGUAUGAUUUAGUGGCCAUUACAGAAAUGUGGUUGCAGGGUGGAGAUGAGUGGGAAUUAAAUAUCCAAGGGUAUCAGGUAAUACGUAAGGAUAGGCAGGAAGGUAAGGGAGAUGGGGUAGCGCUCUUAAAAAUGAGAUCAUGGUGAUAGAGAUGAUAUAAGAUCUAAGGAGCAGAAUGUUGAGUCCAUCUGAGUAGAAAUUGGGAAGAGUAAAGGGGAAAAAAAAUCACUGGUGGGAGUUGUCUACAGGCCACCAAAUAAUAACAUUACAGGGGCACAGGCAAUAAACCAAGAAAUAUCCAAUGCAUGUAAGAAUGGAACCGCAGUUGUCACGGGGGACUAACUUCCACAUAGAUUGGGUGGAUCAAGUUGGUCGAGGCAGUCUUGAGGAGAACUUCAAAGAAUGCAUCUGUGAUAGCUUUCUUGAACUUACAAGGGAACAAGCUAUCUUAGAUAUGGUCCUGUACAAUGAGACAAGUAAAAUUAAUGAUCUUGCAGUCAGGGAUCCUCUUGGAAUGGGUGAUCAUAAUAUGAAUGAAUUCCUCAUACAAAUGGAUGGUGCAAUAGUUCAAUCUAAAACCAGUGAAUUAUGCCUAAACAAGGAAGACUACAACAGGAUGAGGGAGGAGUUGGCUCACGUAGACUGGGAACACAGGUUAUGUGGUGGGGCAGUUGAGGAACAGUGGAAGACUUUCAAAGGGAUUUUUCAUGGUGACCAACAAAAGUACUGUAUAUUCCAGUCAAAAGCAAGGAGAGUGAGGGUGGGGAGAGCUGACCUUGGAUAACUAAGGAAAUAAAAGAAGGCAUCAAGAUGAAAGCUCCUGCAUACAAAGUCACCAAGAGUAGUGGGAAACUGGAAGAUUGGGAAAACUUUAUAAAACAACAAAGAAUCACUAAGCAAGCAAUAAGGAAAGGGAAGAUAGAUUAUGAAAGUAAACUAGCACAAAAUAUAAAAACAGAUAGUAAAAGUUUUUAUAAUUAUAUAAAGUGGAAAAGGGUGGCCAAAGUGAAUGUCACACCACUGUUUAAAAAAGGAUGUAGGCAAAAUGUGGCUAAUAGUAGGCCAGUUAGCUUAACGUCUAUAGUCAGGAAAAUGCUUGAAGCUAUCAUUAAGGAAGAAAUAGCAAGACGCCUGGGUAGAAGUGGUUCCACCAGGCAGACACAGCAUAGAUUCAGGAAGGGCAGGUCCUGUUUGACAAACUUACUGGAGUUCUUUGAGGAUAUAAUGAGUGCAGUGGAUAGAGGGGAACAGGUGGAUGUUGUAUACUUGGAUUUCCAGAAGGCAUUCGAUAAGGUGCCGCAUAAAAGACUUAUCCAUAAGUAAGGAUUCGUGGAGUUGGGGGUAAGGUAUUAGCAUGGACAGAGGAUUGGGUAACCAAUAGCAGGCAGAGAGUUGGGAUAAAUAGGUGUUUCUCUGGUUGGCAAUCAGUGGUGAGCAGGGUGCCGCAGGGGUCAGUGUUGGCCCCGUAACUGUUCACGACAUACAUUAACAAUUUGGAAGAGGGGACCGAGUGUAGCGUAUCUAAAUUUUCUGAUGACAUUAAACUGAGUGGCAAAGCAAAUUAUGCAGAGGAUGCGGAGAGUCUGCAGAAAGAUGUAGAUAGGUUAAGUGAGUGAGCAAGGCUCUGGCAGAUGGAGUACAAUGUUGGUAAAUGCAAAGUCAUCCACUUCAGAAGAAAAAAAUAGAAGAUCAGAUUAUCAUUUAAAUGUUGAACGAUUACAGCAUGCUGUUGUGCAGAGCGACUUGGGAGAGCUUGUGCAUCAAUCGCAAAAGGUUGGUUUGCAGGUGCAACAGGUUAUCAAGAAGGCAAAUGGAAAGUUGCCCUUCAUUGCUGGAGGGAUUGAAUUUAAGAGCAGGGAGGUUAUGCUGCAACUGUACAGGGUACUGGUGAGGCUGCACCUGGAGUACUGUGUGCAGUUCUGGUCUCCUUACUUGAGGAACAAUGUACUGGCUUUGGAGGUGGUGCAGAGGAGGUUCACCAGGUUGAUUCCGGAGAUGAGGGGGUUAGUCUAUGAGGAGAGAUUGAGUCACCUGGUACGAUACUUGCUGGAAUCCAGAAGAAUGAGAGGGGAUCUUAUAGAAACAUAAAAUUAUGAAAGGGAUAGAUAAGAUAGAGGCAGGAAGGUUGUUUCCACUGGUAGGUGAGACUAGAACUAGGGGACAUAGCCUCAAGAUCUGGGGGAGUAGAUUUAGGACGGAGAUAAGGAGAAACUGCUUUUCCCAGAGAGUAGUGAAUCUGUGGAAUUCUCUGCCUAGGGAAGCAGUGGAAGCUACCUUAUAUAUAUUUAAGACCCAGUUAGAUAGAUUUUUGCAUAGUAAGGGAAUUAAGGGUUGUGGGGUAAAGGCACGUAGGUGUACCUGAGUCCAUGGCCAGAUCAGCCAUGAUCUUAUUAAAUGGUGGAGCAGGCUCGACAGGCCAGAUGACUGACUCCUCCUAUUUCUUAUGUUCUUAUUAUAUUUUUCCAACAAAGGGAGAAAUCUCGCCAAGUGUUUCCAAAUAUCAAAAAGCCAUGCAGGGACUUCCAGACAAUGUCUGUUUUGUGGACAAACUGUAGAGGCUGGUAUCAUUCUCCUUGGAGCAGGAGAGGUGAGAGGGAGAUUUAAUGGAGGAGUUCAAAAUAGGGAAGAUUUGGUCCAGUAAGUGAGGAGAAAUGGUUUCCAGUGGCAGCAGGGCUGUGAGCAGAGGACACGGACCGAAGCUAAACGGAGACACAAUACAGAUGCUGGGAUAACCCUCCCAUGACCUAUUUGUCCCACUCCCGUCUGGCAAGCGGUACCAGAGCAUCCGGGCCAGAACUACUAGUCUGUACAACAGCUUUCUCCCCCAGGCUAUCAGGCUCCUGAAUACCCUGGAGACUGUGCAAACCAGGGCUUUUGGCACAGCAUUUGUUUGAAACUAUGGCAUAUAAGAACUUUGGUUGCUGCUGAACAUGUUUAUACAAUUGGUGCAACACACUGAGUUCUGUAUUUUCUUUGUCCAACUUGGUUUUGCACUAAAUUUGUAUUCUGUAUAUACCAUUUUUUGCAUUAUUUGUACUUGCACAUUUUUUGUCUGCGUUUAUUGUAGGUCUUCUGUUUAAUUAUGUCCUCUGUUCUAUGUAUGUCCUCUGGUGUGAGAGUCUGGGGGAAACAACAUUUCAUUCCUCCAUGUGUUUUUAUAGCAUAUGGGUGAAUGACA